UCCGGGUCGUGAGGGCGAAUUCGGCUGCGGCGCUGUUCGGGGAGUCCUCGGUGCUCGCAGGGGCCAUCUCCGUCUCCGCUGAGCCCCCCGGUGCUGUCGGGCACUCGCUCCGGCUUCGCUAAUUCCUUGGUGCCCGCGGGGACCGGCCUGGUGUCUGUGAGCUCCCGGCUGCCUCCGAGGACCGGCUUGCUGAGCAGCCAGUGCCUACAGGCCCGGCUCCGGCCUCGCUGACCCCUCAGUGCCUGGCAUGGGGCUGCUGACCCAGCUAGUCCGCGGGCUGGUGCGCGGCGCAGACCGCAUGUCGCCGUUCACCAGCAAGCGCGGUCCCCGGAGCCACAACAAGGGCCGCGGUGCCAAGAAGUUGGGCGUGCUCACCCGCAACAAGAAGUUCCUCCUCGUCAAGGAGAUGGUGCCCGAGUUCGUCGUGCCCGACCUGACGGGCUUCAAGCUGCGGCCGUACGUGUCGUACCGCGCCCCCGAGGGCUCCGAGCCGCCCAUGACGGCCAAGCAGCUCUUCGACGAGGUGGUGGCUCCACGCAUCGAGAAGGACGUGAAGGACGGCACAUUCGACCCCAACAACCUGGAGAAGUAUGGCUUCGAGCCCACGCAGGAGGGCAAGCUCUUCCAGCUCUUCCCCAAGAACUAUGUGCGGUAGGGAGCAAGUAGUGACACCGCUGGCCAACACGGGACAGGCUCUGCCACUGAACAUUAAAGCAAAUCCUUCUACCUUG